AUGGAAGAGCAAGAGGAUCGCAUCAGCCUCCUCCCUGACUGCUUGGUUGGGCACAUCCUCUACCUUCUCCCACCUAAGGCUGCCGCCCGCACCAUGGUGCUUUCCCGCCGCUGGUCAAACGUCUGGCCCUCGCUGCCGCUAGAUCUCAAUCUCGACUCCCCCAAUUCCGAUGUCGACUUUCUGAGCGCCGAGUCUAUUACAUCUAUCCUUUCUUCCCACCGUGGGCCUAUCCGCUGCUUCUGUGUGACUACAGAUGCCGGCUUUGGCACCCGCGCCUGGCUUAGAACCCUAGCGCAGAAGCGCCUCGAUGACACCCUAAUCUUGCGGUGGGCAUCCGAUCUAGAUCAACCCACUCUGCCCGCCAACUUGCUGGGCAGCGCUGGGGUUAAUCUACGCCAUCUAGUUCUGCACUGCUGCCGGCUUGGUGGCCCUGGGAAUACCCGUUCCCCUGUGCCAAUCUUACCCCGCCUUGAUUUUCUAUACUUGUCCAAUGUUCUUAUCUCUGAGGCUGCUCUUCACAGCAUGAUUCAAGUCUGUCCUGUGAUCCGCGAGCUACAUCUAUUUAUGAUCGAUGGACUCCGCCUAAUUUCCUUUCACUCGCACACCCUGAAAAUCUUGUACGUCAGUGUGCCCCGUGUUCCUCUCGAUGAAUUCUCCGAUCAGCACAUGCCAAAUCUUGAAAGGGUGACUUUUGAAUUUGUCAAUCUGUGGCGGAUACCAGCCUUCACUAUUGACUCUGGUAAAAAGGUCCGAGAGCUUGCCCUCAAGCUUCCUACGAUGGACUCACCGCACCUUAGUAUUAUUUCUAAUCAGAGACGUCUAUUCUUUAUAACGUCACUUGUUUUUGGUAUGAAAUUUGCUGAUGGUAAAGAAUUGAGGAGAGGAGUGCACAUCUUAAGCUUAUUUCCGCGUUUACAACGACUUGAGAUUAGGUGUUUUAACUUUGGCACACCGAAUGCUCAAGAUUUUGGAGAUUGGGAUUCACUUUUAGAGACAACCAUUCUUCCGAUGAAACAUCUAAGACACAUAAUAUUUAAUGGUUAUUGUGGCACCAUAGGAGAGAAUGAAUUUGCAAGAUAUCUGAUGUGUAAAGCAGAGUCGUUGACUUCUAUGGAAAUUAAUCAUGCUGUUGAUUGGAAUUUGCAAGAUAUCAAUUAUCAAAAAGAGUCAAUAUGCAGCAGUGACAAGGCGUGUCAUCUUUGUUUUAUGAGAAGGUCACUCACAGAGUCACAGCCCAACCACCGCCCCGCUGUCGUGCUAAGAAGGUUGAAAGAUGGCCGCUUCACCUAUGUGGGUGCCGGGAAGGCGGGAGCAUGUCAUGACAUGGCGGUCCUAAAAGACUGUCAGGCCGAUGAAUGGUUCCCGCAUCCACCCGCAGGACGCUACUACCUGGCAGACGCGGGAUACACGGAGAGUCAAGGAUACAUGACUCCUUUUCGGAAUACAAGGUACCAUAUAAACGACUUUAGGGGCGUAGAGUUGGAGACGUUAGAAUGUGAGGAGAAAUUUAACUACAUUCACUCGAGGCUGCGAAAUGUAAUUGAAAGAAGAUUUGGAGGGCUCAAACAACGGUGGCAUAUUGUGGAACGGGUUCCUUACUUCGCGAGGAAAAAGCAAGCGAUGGUUAUCAUAUCAUGCUUUACAACGGAUAAUUAUUUGUGGCUGCGUAAGUAUGGACAUAAUGCACCGUCGUAUGAGCUAUCGGAGUGGGUGGUUCUAAAUAGUGGAACCCAAACAACUGCAGUAAGGGAGUUGAUAUCAACUGUAGUGUGGAGUGGAAUAUGA